AUGAAGGACUCCAGGAGGAAUAGUAACGUUUCUACGCCCGCCGAGAGUGUCAGCAAGUGGAAAAUCCCUCAUUACUACCGCAAGUCCCAUUCAGGUUCGCCUGCAGCCAGCCCGGCGGCCACAGCGACGAGUUCUGCCUCCGGAGCACGUCCAGGUGUUACGUCCGGCAAUAGCAGUGGGAACAUCAACAUCAUGACAACACCACAGCAUGUGCCACUGGAAAGUCAUGGUCGGCGUAGCACCAAAUCGAAGCCCCGUAAGGGCGAAAUGGUGUUUGUGAACUACACCGUGAAAGACUCUGACUCACAGGCUUCGACCGAGGCCCGGGCAAACGAGCAACACCAACAACAGCAACAGCAACAGCAAGGGCAACCGCAAGGGCAACCGCAACAGGGCAAGAAAAAAUCGUCAAAAAGCAGAAUGCUUAAGAUUUUUAGUGCGGUACAAGAUCGGUCCGGGGCGUCAACACCAUCGUCACAGGCAACUAAACGGUCCUAUAGCUCCUUUUUCGGAUCUGGGUCUGGAUCUGGGUCUACCAUUACAUCCCCCACCGUUUCAGUGCCGUCGGGCGAAGAAGUGGUCCCCAGCUCAUCCGAUUCCCAGCUUGGUGGUCUAAAUCGUUCUUUGGGGUCCAACGUGGCCCUCGUGAAUACAAAUGGCAAGGCAUCGCUUCUGGCAUUGGGUAGCGCUGCGUCUUCUCCCACGAAGGACAGGAUUGCGCCACAAUUCCAUCAUAACCACACGGAUCCGCAUUACGUGGACCAGUACAACGAUCCUUCGACUGUAUAUCCCACUGCAACACGCCCUCAUUCCAGCAGUCUGCAAUCAUCGUUAUCGCCACGUUUGGGCGACGAAAAUGACGCCUCCAUUGCAUUCAGCAAAAUGUUCACUAGGAAACGUGCCAACACAGGCGGGUCCAUGAGUUCUCUCGUUUCCAGUGCCACGUCUAAUCAUCAUCCCGGCUUGCAUAGAAACAUGUCAACAAAUUCCAUCUCCUCAUUGGCGCCAAAAUACUCACCAAUCCGUACUACAUCUCCGGGGAAAUCUACAUCGUUAAGAAGGUCCAAUUCCAAUCGGUUUUCUCGCGAUUUCUCGAGUUUGCAUAGUAAUCCAAAUUACACUUCGGAUCUUAAUAUCGGUCUGGAUUCAUUUCUAGAUAGCCAGGCUAAGCAGAGAUACUCUCAUAAGAAAAAACAGGAGUCAUUUUCCGAAGUGCGUGGUCCAAGCACCGUGUCCUCAUUGUCUUCCGCUUCAACUCCUUGUUUUUUUGAUACCGCACAUAUAACCAUGGGUUACGGGCAUGAAAGACAGAAUAGCAUUUUAUACUCACUGGAUCGUGAAAGUUCUAUGGAAAACGAGAUCCUGGAAGAAAAUGAGGAAACUUCCUAUUCUCCUCAAGAAGCUCCGGCUCUCAAAGAAAUCCACAAAGCGCGUACCGAGGGCUCUGACGAAAAAGACUUCGAUACUGCUUCAUUGCCCAAUACUAGUCGCAGUAGUGUUACCAUGUUUUCGUCAAUGGUCAACUCGCAUUCCACUAUAGAGAGUGCGGCUCCGUCAACCAAAAGUUUUGAUCAAACUCGGGCACGGGUUCCAAAUUUCCCCCCAGAUUUCGAUUUAGCUAUCAACAAUAACCAACGAGUAACCUCUACGGAUGCAUCAAAUAACCAACAUGACAGUUUUUUGAACUUGUACAUGGAGUUAGAUCUUGGAUAUGGUGCAGAUGGUUUUGUGGGUCAGCAAGGCAAAAAUGGUUUGCCAGAGAACUACACGUCCAUGUCCAACGCGCUUUUCCAGGGAGAUGUUUCCACAAUUCAUUCCGUGGCUAAUAAUUCACCUGCUACAGUCACGAACCACGCAAGUAAUAGCGUUAAAAUGGAACAUCCGGAGGAUAACUCGCAUAAUCAUAACGAGAACCUUCCUUACGCGAAUUUCUCUAGUCGCAUAAUGCAUGAUAUUGAUCAGAUUGCGAAUUCUAUAAACAAUGGCGAAAACAGUGGUACCUUUAAAAGCGAUUGGAAUAAUUCACACCUGUAA